AUGCAUUUGUUCAAUAAUUCCAUAUCAGGACUGCGAAUUAACGACUAUUUGGAUGACGACCCCUGGGCAGCUAGUCUCCUUGAAUGUGAUUCUAGUACAAAUGGGGAUCUCCUUCGACAGCUUGAAGCUGGUUGUCGAUUGGAUCCUAGUGCAUAUCGAAUGGAGCGACGGCAGCGCCGUCGUAAUUGGGAGACCUUGGUUAGUCUUAAGGGAGAGCCACAAGUACGCAGUAUUGGGCUUAGCCGCGCUAACAGCGAAACAGAUUCAAUAGCUACAACCACUACCCUAAUCGAUGAUCAGACAAAAACAGGAGAAAUGGAAUUCGGAAAUAUUAAAGGCCAAAACCGUCCAUCAUUAUCAAAGGUUUAA